AUGUUAUUGUCGUUUUUUCAUUCAUUCGCACUCUAUGUGUUAAAAUUCACAUUCACUCUCUGUGUGUUAUGCUUGACGAUUGGUUAUCAACUAUUGGCAUUUCUUUCCGAAUAUUUUUCUGCACUGGAUCAUGACCGGCAGCCUGCCGAAUCUAUAAAGAAUCAUCAUCUUUCCGAAGACCAUUCAUCAUCCAACAGGAAAACGAUUCAAAAUAUUCUCAUUCUCGGAGGACGUGCUCCCGUGGCUCUCGAUUAUUUGAGAAUGUUCUCAGAAGAGGGUCAUCAAGUACAUUUAGCAGAAACACCCUAUUAUCGGCCCAUGUUUAUUUCCAAUUUUUCGAAAUUUGCCAAACAUGUGCAUUAUUUUACAGUUUUUCCAAAUAAGGAUUACGAAACAUUUGAAACAGAAUUGUUGGAAAUGAUUAAAAAAUAUUCCAUUACGUUGAUCAUUCCAACGUGUGAAGAAGUGUUUCAGGUGGGAAGAGCCAAGCAUCGAAUUGAAAAAGAAACUCCAGAGUGUCAUGUGUUUUGUGAGAGCAUUGAAAACUUGAAGGAACUUCACAACAAGUUUGAAUUUAUUGAAUAUAUUGAGAGAGAAUUGAAUGGAAAAUUUAAUAAUAAUAAUAGUGUGAGAAACAAUGUAGAAAAUUUAUGUGACGGCCGUUGCGAAAUGGAGAAUGUUGAAAAUCGAGUAGAUGAAAAUAGAAGCCAUAAUUUAUCUGAAAAGAAGCAACAAGGAACGAGGCAAGUUCAAUUCAAAGCUCCAAAAACCAUUCUCUUGAGUCACAAAAGUACAGCAGAGAAAUUGACUCAAUUUUGGAAUGAAUGUAAUGGAAAAAUUGUGUUAAAACCAUGUUAUUCUCGAUUCGCAUCAGACACAAUGGUCAAACCUUCCAAAGACCAAGCAUUGAAUUUAUUGCAUUCCCAAAUUAAGGAAUGUCAGUCGUCAUGGUGGGUUGCACAAGAAUUCAUUGAAGGACAAAUGAUUUGUUCGUUUGGAGUUGCUACGAAAGGAAUUUUGAGAGCACAUACUUGUUAUUUGGGCGGAAUUUAUACACCCAAUGGAACAGCUGUGGGCAGCUCUGUAUAUUUUGAACCAUUGGAAAAUAUACAAGUUGACACAGCCAUCCAAGAAUGGAUUUCUCAAUUGGUUGUUCAUCGAAAAUAUACUGGACAAAUUUCUUUUGAUUUGAUAGUGGCUAGCUCAAGUACCACAAUUGGGAUGAAUAGGAAACCUGUUUGGGCCACGAACCAUAGUAGUAAUGACUUGAUCAUCAUCUAUCCAAUUGAAUGCAAUCCAAGAGCAACCAGUGGAGCACAUUUGUUUAAUUGUGACACUUCACAUGUGUCUGGGCAAUUAUUGAGAAGAAGUUUCACACAAUGUUUUCUUCCAAACUCCACAGUUGAAUUUUCACCAUCUGAGAAGUCAUGUCUUCGCACGGAUAUAGCACAGCAUGUUUCAUAUUCAAAACAACAACAUCCUAGUAGUACGAGUAGUACUCACAUGGCCAUAUUGGAACAAGUUCAAACCAUUCUCAAACCACUUCCAGGAAGUAGACUUCAAAUUAUUGGAGGAAUGUUCAUGCCAUUAUGGACUGGAUGUAAGGAUAUGAGAUCUUGUUUUGUAUGGUUGAGAGAUUUAUUGGCAUGUGGAAUUCAUCGAGAUGUGUUAUUUAGAGCCAACGAUUGUUUGCCAUUUUUUGUGCAAUUCUAUUUCAUACUCGAUCCUAUUAUUAAGACCUACAGAUAUGGUGUUGGUUUAUUGAACUCAAUGACCUUUGAUAUUGAAUGGAAUGGAGAGGAAUAUUGA